AUGGAGUCGGCCGACGAUGUAGAGGUUCGUUUUUUUUGGACGGAGAGUUCGUCGCUUCAAACGGGCGGCGACAGAGCUUUGCUCGUGUGGCGAACGAGGCGCGAAAUUGGCGAAGAACGACGGAGGCAAACCCGAGGCGCGGAACUUUUCCUCAGUGAUGCAAUCAAUCCUGUGGGCCAUCUCGGGUCCCAAAUAGUUCUCCCAAUCCCCAACCACCCCACGCCGGAAAAACGCCCUGUUCUCCUCCCCGGACGACAGCUUCCCAGUCCUAUUAACUUGGAGCCCGCUCAAUCUACCGAAGCUGCACAUUUCGAGAAUGUUUUCCACAACGCCCGAGGCCUCCUCCUCGUGGGUGAAGGGGCAGCCGAGGAAAGCAGCCAGGCGCCUAAGCACAGGACCCGGGCUCUCCUUGAGCUCCUCGUACCUGAGGAAGAGAAAUUUAUCGGGGGCGUCGCGGCUUUUGUACCAGUAACCGAGCACGUGGUCCCAGAAGGGCCCGAAGAUGCUGACCCCGCGGCAGAACAUGUGGAGCACGUCCUGGACGGGGGUUGGGGCGGAGCCCUCGGGCUUGAGGGCGUUGGUGAAGUGCCAGAGGGAGACAAAAACGUCCUUGGGGUCCCGGCAGAGAGAAGAGAAGGGCAUGUGGGUGGCCAGGAUGCGGCGCUGGUGGGAGGGGUAAAAGGAGGAGUCGGGGGCUCGGCCGUUGACGAAGAGGCUGAUCUCGAGGAAGGGGACGAGUUGGUGGGGGCUGGCGGAGGAGAGAGGAUGGUUGUGGUUGGAGGGGAAAGGGGGGUGAGUGGCACGGUUGGCGAGGGUGAAGACGAGGGCCUUGAGCCAGGUGGUGCCGGAUUUGGGGGUGGUGACGAGGAGGAUGUCGGUGGGGAGGGGACGGAAAUGGGUCUGGCAGGCCACGACACCCUGGAGGUAGCGGGCGGGGUACCAGAAGCCCUCGUACAGGUACAGGUGUGCGACCAGCCACCCCUUUUCUUUCGGGAGUUUUGA